AUGGGCAAGGGACCUCUUUUUGGAGAUUUGGAAGCUCAGCGUCAUUGGAUGGAGAUUACCAUUCACUUACCUAUCUACGAUUGGUAUAGAAAUGGAACUCACAAUGAUCUAAUGUAUUGGGGUCUGGAUUACCCUCCAUUGACUGCUUUUCACGAAUAUGUUUUGGGAAAGAUAGCAGAAUAUUUAUGUCCUGAAGUGGUGACCUUUGAGGCGAGUCGGGGUUGUGAAACUAGUUCUUGUAUCCUAUUUUCUCGAUUGUCCGUGCUGGCUAUGGAUAUACUGGUUUAUCUUCCGUCUUGCUUGCUUGUGACCUAUUUUGCUUCGGACUUACAGAAAUCACAUUCCGCUUUUAUUCCAUUCUUCCUGAUGGUAUUUUCUCCUGCAUUGCUGUUAAUCGAUCAUGGCCAUUUUCAGUACAACUCGGUUUGUCUGGGUCUCGUUCUCCUUUCGCUCUUCUGUAUCGAAAGAGAUUACGACUGCAUCGGCUCUUUCCUUUUUGUGAUGGCCAUAGGAUACAAGCAAAUAGCACUCUAUUAUUCGUUGGUGUUUUUCGUGUGGUUGUUGCGCAAAUGCUAUGACCGGAAAAGCGUUUCUCAUCUUUUCCUUAUCGGACUUACAGUCAUUGCUUCCUUUGCUCUCCUCUUUCUUCCUUUCUGCGUCCAUCUCCCCGAGGAUCUCUCGCCUCUUUCGUCUCUUCGCGCGGUGAUUCAGCGAAUGUUUCCGUGGGAUCGAUGGGUGUUCGAGGACAAAGUCGCUUCCGUGUGGUGCACGUUAAACAACGUCAUCAAACUGAACCGACUUUUCACUUUCGAGCAAAUGAAGCUGAUGUGUCUCAUCGCUACCAUUUGCGCCUGUCUGCCUUCGCUCUUCUUGCUUUGGAGAAAGCCUUCUCCUAAUCGAGUGUAUGCGUCGUUGUUUUCCUGCUCCAUGUCUUUUUUCCUUUUCUCAUAUCAUGUUCAUGAAAAGACCAUUCUCUUCCCGUUGCUUCCCAUGCUCCUUCUCGGAAAAUCAGACCCAGAUGAAGCGAUUUGGUUUAGUUUCAUGGCUUCUUACUCGAUGAUUCCGUUGUACCUGAAAGAUUCGAAUUUCCUUCUCGGAUUGGUGUACACAGGCGUGAUUCUCUUUAUUCUGCCUCCUCAGAAGCCUAUCGGCGUCACUCCAAAUAAAACGGCGAAUUGGUUCUUCACGCUUUGCUUAAUGGGGGUGGUCGGCUGUAGCAUCUUGUAUUAUGCCUUCCCUCCUCCUGCGCGGUAUCCUGAUCUGCACAGCGUGUUGAUUUCUUCGAUUUCCUGUGGAUACUUCCUUCUCGAAUAUUUAUUGGUUUUAGUCAAGUAUUGUUGA